CUCAUCGGCGAUUGUACUAAUCGUACGGAGUAAAAUAGUACCUUUUGUCGUUGUUUCUGUCGAAUAUAUUAAUUUAUAAUUAAAUAAUUUAAAUGCAGCUUUUUUCAAUGAAUUGGUACAAGUAAAUAUGUAUAAUUGAGCUAUAUUUGUAUCGGAUGUACAUGUAUAUAAUUCGAAAGAUAUACGUUGUUUCGCGAGUUUUUCAGAAUUCAAAGUACUUUUGUCUUCCAAGGCAAAUGCAAAUCGGAGUGAAGGUUAAGUUCUAUCGAGAAUUUGUCAUUUCAUGAGCACGAUUAAUUACAAGUGAGUGGAAGAAUAGCUGUGUGUGUACAUCCAAAUUCUCUAUUUCGAAGGAAAGAAUUUUUACUAUACCGUAUUGUCAUAUGUACGUUCUUUGUCGAAUAAGACACUUGGAGAGAGAUUACAAUCGAACGAGAUAUAUUCUGUCCACGGAUAUGAAGAUUACAAGGAUACAGCUAUCCCAGCAUUUUUUUCCAUGAUUCGUUCAUGCGAUGUAAAUGCUUAAAAUACUCACACUUAAAGACUUUUAGGAGUGCAUGAAAUUAUGGAAAAAACGAUGGGAACAACUGCAUCCAUGUUUAAGAGGGCUACUUCGAAGAAAACGAUGAAAACUAGGAGAUAGGACUGCAACACUCCAUAAAUGUGUUAUAUCGAUUGCGAUAAUCCAGUCGCGAGUAUACCAAAAUUGCCAACAACAAUGAUAUAUAUAUGUCCGAAUUGCCACCACCGUUUCGCAGCGCCGAAUUACUGCCGGGAGCGGAGCGAAGGAAUUAACCGGAAAGAAACGGAGGAACAGGAGAAACAGAACGAGAAGAAGGAAGAGGAAAAAGAAGAAGAGGCCUCCGUUCAUUCGACAACGGCGACCUGUUACGUCGCUGAUCUUCUAGUAUCGCAUAAUUACACCAACGGCGACAGCAGUUUCAUAAACGUGCCGACAAUCAUCCACGAGCCUGCCAUUUUCCAGUCAGCUCAUCGCUGCUCCAAUGUUCAAUUUGCCGAUUCCGAGACAAUGAAACUCUCUUGCGAUGCUCAAACAUCGGCGGGACAGAAUCCAUCUUUAAGAUUGUCGAUCAAUCAAUCGAAUAAUCAAGACUCCCUUAUUAUGACGAUGAAAAACAUCAGCUACGGAAUGGCAUCUUCGAUAAAACAUGUCACGACCACAUGCAAGCCCACUAACGACAGCAUCACAUUCACCACAUCACCCAAUAUACACUCCGGUGGUUGUCUAAUUCAGAGUACGGAAGCUGGAAUUCUAGUACAAGCCCCACCCAUCGAAAUACAGCGGAAACUUACCGGUGGCGGUUGUCUCAUGCAGAAGAAACAUUUGCCCAAUGAGGAUGAGCGGUUAGCAACGUUUAAAUAUAUAGAGAAUUUUGCUCAUCAAACAUUUGUCACGCCGCCAAGCGGCUGUUUAGAAUUGCCUGGGAGUAGAAGAAUGCUACCUUCAUUCAAGACGACGAGGGAAAAUAGCGAAACAAUGCGCACGGAAUCGAGACAGCGAAAAAUAUCGAUCAAAACAAACGGUUACUGCGACUGCAACGGUACAAUUCAGCAGAAUAUUUGUCAGUGUCACGAGAAAUUGACCGAUGCGUCCGACGAUCGCGGCUCGUUGCUGUUCGAGCCUGCCGGUAGUGGCAUGCAGAUCCGAGUGAACGCCAACAUGCAACUACCCGUGAACUUAAGUGACUGCCAAAUAAACAUUACGGCAACAACAGCAACGCCGUGUAACCAGAUCGUGGCUAUGAAACCACGCUCUAGGAAUAAGCAAGAGCGGAACAAAGGGAUUAAUUGGAAAGAAACAAAAGAGCAGGAAAAACAGAAGAAGAAAAAAGAAGAGGAAAAGGAGAAAAAAACUGCCGUCCAUUCGACGACGGCGACUUGUUACGUCGCUGAUCUUCUAGUAUCUUCUAGCAGCUACACCAAUGAUAACGACAGUUUCAUAAACGUACCGACAAUUAUCCAUGAACCCGCCAUCUUCCAGUCAGCCCAUUGCUUCAAUGCUCAAUUUGCUAACUGCGAGACAGUAAAACUCUCGAAUAAUUUCAACGAAAGUGCUGCCGUGCAACCCGACAACUUGUACUGCGCGACAGAGGAUCGGAUUAUCACGACUGGAAACAAUAACGGUUAUAACAACAACGAGCGAAAGGACGGAGCACCAACUAUUUCGGUGUCCCAUCCUUGGGUGAUGUCAAGUCCCUGGAGCCUAGAUACAAAGUUGUUGAACAAAGACAUAAGAUUACGCGAGAUAAAAAGACUACUGCAGACGUGCGGCUGGUACCACGAAAACAUUAGUUGGAAGCAAAGCGAGAAUCUCUUAAAAAAUACAUCCGUAGGUCGAUGGCUAAUGAGAGACAGCUCGGACAGUAGAUAUAUCUUUGCAAUAUCCGUGCAGACGGCCAGAGGACCCACUUCCGUCAGGGUGUGCUAUUUUCUUAAACAUUUUCAAUUCGACGCUGAACCAGGACUGGCAUUGGCGAUUCCGACUUUCGACUGUCCUAUUACAAUGUUGGAGCACUACGUCGAAUAUUCGGAAAGGAUGGAUCGCAGAGAAGUGUGGGUCGAUUAUAGCGGGGAACUAUACAGCCAGAUCUAUUUAACCAAGCCUCUGGUUAAAGAAGUCAAAUCGUUGUCACAUUUGGCCAGACUUGUCGUGAAUAGAAAUAAACUGCCCACUGAACAUCUGCCACUCUUGAUCAGGAACUACCUCGCAGAGUAUCCAUACACCCUUUAAAUGUGUAUAUAUCACAAUUACGCAAGGCCGAUGCACCUAUCUUUCACUUCCGAUAUCUAUAAAUAAAAAUUUAUUUUUCUACAUCUCUAGAACAGUUUAUUUUUUGAUAAACGAUCUACGAUGCCUUCGAUUGUAUCAAUCACAAAGAUUGCGCAAUAGCGAAAUGAAAUUGCAGUUCGCGCGAAUGUAAAUGAAUAUUCAAUUUGUUAUACAAUAAAAUUACUCAUGUUCUUAUUACAUAAGUAAUGUUAAUAUCUAGUCUUUCAAUUUCGUUAAUGUGUUUUAUUCCUUGAAAGAUGAAACGUUCUCUUAUGAUAAAUUAUAAAAUUACGAGUCGAUUUCUUUUGUUCUAUGAUUAUCAAGACCACGGACACUUCCUCUAUUUCAAAACUUUGUUUCACAUUUAUUCUAAUGGCAUGUAUACUGAUAAUAUAUACUGGGUACUUUUUUUUACUCACUUUUUCCUCGCAUACCAAAUGUGUGAUAAUAGAAGAGCAUCAGCGCAAGAAGAGAGGACCUUAAUCUAAUGCAAAAAAAAUAAAAGAAAGAGAUAAAUCUGAAAUAAAGAAGUUUUAGAAAAAAAAGGAAAUUAAAUAUGUGUGGACAUAGAUAGAUUUAUUCAUAGAUUUUUUAGUAAAUCAUUUUUUUCAGUUUUAAUUUCUUUAUUGCUUUAUAUGUGAGAUAAAUUUAGCAUCAAAUGUUAUAUUUAGCACUGAAUAUGUAGUGAGAAUAUGAGUAAAGCCUGGUAUUAGACUAUGCAUUGAAAAUCGAGAUCGAAGAUUGAAGAUUGAAAUUUUACCAAUCAGGACAAAGACAUUUUAUUUCCUUUUGCUCUGAUUAGAAUUAGAAAUUCCAAUCUUUAAUCUUCAAUUUUCAAUGCUUAGUCUGAAAAUGUUUAUAUCUUCCGAAUUAUAAGGAUAUCAUUUACAUACCCUAAUUAAUAUUAUAAUCUCGAUAGAAUUAAAUCCACAUAAUACCGAGAUAUUACAAUAAUAAUUUCAGCGCCAACAAAGGUCAUUAUUAAUAAGAUGCUAUAAAAUAUUUGAGAUAGGUAUCAUGUAGGAGGGGAUCAAAGGUAAGAUUGUGUAUUUAUCUGUACAAAAGUUGAUAUAUAUAUUAAGCAGUAAUUUCUAUUGUAUAUUAUCAUAUUUAUAUUUUAUAUAUAGUACAAUUAUUGCAGAUUAUUAAAGAUUAUUAAAUAAUAAAUGAGCAUCGGGAAAUUUAUCCAAA